AUGACGGAACCUAAGUUGGAAGAGAUACUCGUAGUAUGUAAUUUCCCCGAGGUCUUUCCUGAGGAAUUGCCUGGUUUACCGCCGGCGCAAGGAAGAGUUUAUGCCAUGGCGCGCAGAGAAGCUGAGAAUGCGCCGGGCGUAGUCACAGGUACCAUUUCUCUCUGUAAUCAUGCUGCUUAUGCGUUGUUUGAUCCGGGGGCGACCCACUCUUUUGUUUCGGAGCAAUUUGUUAAGUUAGUUGGGAUGGAACCGGUGUUGCUUGAGACUAUUCUUAAUGUGUCGACGCCUAUGAAUGAUAGAAUGUUAGUCUCUUUUGGAUGUCCCAACUGUAAGAUUGUGAUUGGGGGUAGGGAAGAAAGUAUCGACUUGGCAGUGUUGGCCAUGUUCGAUUUCGAUGUGAUAAUUGGGAUGGACUGGCUAGUGAGCCAGAAGGCCGUCAUGGAUUGUGGCAAUAGGACGAUUCAAUUGAAUCCGAUUGGAAGUCCAAGGUUUGAAUUUUAG